AUGCAGAUCACAACCCUUCUUGCUGUCAUUGCCAUUACUGUCGUAACCGGACAACUUCCUUUCCGCAGAAAUGUCGGCGGCAGUUUUGCUGGUGAUGGCCUAGGUUCAAAUUUUUUCCCAUUUCCCGGAGGAAAUUUUGGACAACCAAACGGGCUAUCAGUACUACCGGGAUCAUUUGGCCAAGCAGGCGGACAAUUUCCGGGAUCAUUAUUAGGUCAACAAGGCCUAAAUGAACCAACAGUAACUAACUGUGUAACUGGACACAAUGGUAAUAGUUUAGAAGUAUACAUCAGACCUUCCCAACCACAGUUCAACCCCUUCAUCCAGUUCCAAGGAGGAAGCUCACCAUAUGAAAUUGAAGUACGAGUGGACUCAUCUGAUCUCCAAGGAACUUUCACUGUUGCCGUUACUGACAUGUCUACUGAUAAUGCUUUCUGCUCUGCCUCGGAAUUGGGAUCAAUCUCUACCAAUGGACAACCUCAAAACGGUCUACUGUCUCUAUUCACUGGUCGAUUGAAUCAACAAAGUGCUGGAGUUGUGGGUGAAAUUGAUUUGGAACCUCAAACUAUCAGUGAAGAAUAUUACCGUAGUAACACUCUAUUCAGAAACUUCAGAGAUUUCAGAGGAAUGGGUAUCGGACUCUGUAGUUCAGUCGAGGGCGGAGACAAUUCCAAUUUCAACCCAUUCUUCCAGUUACCACUCACACCAGCCAGACAAACCUGUGAAAUGCCUGUAUUAUGUUGUAAACUAGGCCUUUCAAGAGACGUCUCUCCUGGAAAAUAA